UCAGGGGUCAGGGGCCGCCGGAUGGCGUAGGAUCAGCUGCUGGUGGUGGUGAUACCGGGUCCCCCGCCUAUGGCGCCGGCGCAGCGCUGCCGUCUGUGCCGCCAGACCUUCUUCUGUGGUCGCGGGCACGUCUACAGCCGCAAGCACCAGCGGCAGCUGAAGGAGGCUUUGGAGAGGCUCCUGCCCCAGGUGGAGGCGGCCCGCAAGGCCAUCCGCGCCGCUCAGGUGGAGCGCUACGUGCCGGAACACGAGCGAUGCUGCUGGUGCCUGUGCUGCGGCUGUGAAGUGCGGGAACACCUGAGCCAUGGAAACCUGACGGUGCUGUACGGGGGGCUGCUGGAGCAUCUGGCCAGCCCUGAGCACAAGAAAGCAACCAACAAAUUCUGGUGGGAGAACAAAGCUGAGAUCCAAAUGAAAGAGAAGUUUCUGGUCACUCCCCAGGAUUAUGUACGAUUCAAGAAAUCCAUGGUGAAAGGUUUGGAUUCCUACGAAGAAAAGGAGGAUGAGGUGAUCAAGGAGAUGGCAGCUCAGAUCCGCGAGGUGGAGCAGAGCCGACAGGAGGUGGUUCGGUCUGUCUUAGAGCCUCAGGCAGUGCCAGACCCAGAAGAGGGCUCUUCAGCACCUAGAAGCUGGAAAGGGAUGAACAGCCAAGUAGCUUCCAGCUCACAGCAGCCCUCAAACUUGGACCUGCCACCAGCUCCAGAGCUUGACUGGAUGGAGACAGGACCAUCUCUGACAUUCAUUGGCCAUCAGGAUAUACCAGGAGUUGGUAACAUCCACUCAGGUAAGGUCCAGGGCAGAGUUUUUAAAACCCUGGGAGAUAAUUUUCUUGUUUUCUUUUUUAAUAAAGUUGGCCAAGAUAAAGCAUAUGUAUCUGGUAAAAGCCUUGUAUCCAGAAUAUAGGAAGAACUGUCAACUUGAUAUUAAACAACCCAAUAAAAGCAUAUGAAUAGAUGUUCAUCAUUAGUCAUUAGAGAAAUGCAAACCACAGUGAAAUACCACUAUGUAUAUAUUGGAAUGGCAAAAAUUAAAGACUGACUGUGCCAAGUGUUUGGCAAUGUAGAAAAACCAAACCCUCGGCCGGGCACGGUGGCUCAAGCCUGUAAUCCCAGCAUUUUGGGAGGCCGAGACGGGCAGAUCACGAGGUCAG